AUGACCAUCCUGUACUCAGAUGCUCCACGAGGAAAGAGGAAGAGAAAGGAGGAGGAAUGUGGCCGGACUGCAGAGGGAACGAGAGAGGUUCCCAACAUGGAAGCUCCGGCGGGAAAGAGGACGAAGCUGGCAGUGAACCAGCCCAAGAGAACAACUCGGGGACAGGAAAAAGCCUCUGAGCCAGAUCCUGUGGUGGGUCAAGGUUUAGGUAAAGUGACCAGAACGAUAUAUACUCACAUGAUCAUCCUGUACUCAGAUGCUCCACGAGGAAAGAGGAAGAGAAAGGAGGAGGAAUAUGGCCAGAAUGUUGCAGAGGGAACAAGCGAGGUUCCCAACAUGGAAGCUCCGGCAGGGAAGAGGAUGAAACGGGCAGUGAACCGGCCCAAGAGAACAACUCAGGGACAGGAAAAAGCCUCUGAGCCAGAUGCUCCACGAGGGAAGAGGAAGAGAAAAGAGGAGGGAUGCGGCCAGAGUGUUGCAGAGGGAACACACAACAAUCCCAACUCUAACAAUCCAGGAAAGAAGAAUAAGGGGGCAGAGAACCGGCCCAAAAGAUUGUCUCAGGGACAGAGGACAGCCACCGAGCCGGGCCCAUCCACUGAUCAGACAACUGCACACUACCCCUUCGCCUGCCAAUAUGCGAUCGGAGAAAAACUGGGCCAAGGGAGCUUUGGCUCUGUCUUCAAGGGAAGUCGCAUUUCCGAUGGCCUACAGGUAGCCAUCAAAUUUGCGUCAAAACGUCGAAGUAACAGCCGAUAUCUCCGAAGUCCUGUUGAGUCCAGGUCCGUGCCUAUGGAAGUGGCUCUGAUGCAGAUGGUGAACCAGCCACCUUUCUGCAGGAACAUCAUCCGGCUCGUCGAGUGGUUUGAUGAGCCAGACCAUUACAUCCUGGUCCUGGAGCGCCCUGAACCUUGUGUGGACUUGAAGAGCUUCCUUGACAGCUUAGGAGGCUACGCUGAUGAAGAGACGGCCCGAACCAUAAUGCUCCAGGCCGUGGAGGCAGCAAGCCAGUGCAGCUUGCGAGGUGUCCUGCAUCGGGACAUUAAACUGGCAAACUUUUUGAUCAACACGGACACCUCAGAGGUCAAGCUGAUUGACUUUGGGUGUGGUGAUAAGAUCAAGAGAACAGGGUACACUCGAUAUGAAGGCACAGUACUAUACAGCCCUCCCGAGUUUCUUCUACAGCGCAAGUAUCAUGCCAAUCCUGCCACAGUUUGGUCGCUUGGUGUCCUGCUGUUCAGGAUGGUUUGUGGACACUUUCCCUUUGCUGAUGAACAGGACAUCGUUCAAGGGAGUCUGAACUUCAGAGAUGACCUAUCUCAGGAAUGCUGUAAUCUGAUUGAAUGGUGCCUCCAGCGCAACCAAUCCAGGAGGCCUAGUUUUCAGCAGAUCAGGCAGCAUGAGUGGUUCCAGCGCACCGUCCAAGCCUAGGAUCAGGUUAGCCAGGGAGGCUAGGAGAAGAAGCAGUAGGUCUAAAAUAUCUAGUGACAAAUGAGGAGA